AAUUCGUUCCUGGAAGGUACGCGAAAAACCCCCAAUUAUAUGCGCAGCUGCUAAAGGAGAUUACCUGAUUGAUCUGCGCGGAUUAGCGGAUGGUCAUAAAUGCAUUUUGCCAAAUGCCAAAUUGUAUGUACCUAAAUCCUCAACGUACAGAAAGCUACCUGCCAUUGCUAUAAGAACCGCUGGGCAAGCACACAACCAGCACAGUUACAAACUGGAACGUCUAACGUAAACAACGAGCAGUGAAAUCCAACAACAAUGGUUCUAAGCAAUUCCACACCCAACCAGAAGCCGGCGGGCAGCCACCACGAGCUCAUGAUGGACACGGCGGCCAUGAAUAGCGAGGAUCUGAGCGAACUGCUGCAACUGAAUGCAGAGAUUGAGGAGCAGCGGCGUCGCUCCAGUCGUCAUAGCAGCGAUGCCUGCGGCCUGCUACGGGCCACCAUGACGCGAGAGGAGCUCUUUGAGAUCUCCUCGCUGGAUGAUGAUCGCUUUUUGAGCGCCCUGGAGCAUCAGAAUUCGUAUGCGACGCCCACCAAGUCAAGGGUACCGAUAACCGACCUGGAUCUGUCCAGCAUUGAGAAUCUCAUGAAGUACUUUGACGAGGAGGUGCCCGUCACACCCACCAAGUGUGCAGAGGCCGACAAACUGGUUGCCUGCUCCGGCAAGGUGGCCAGUGCCAUUGCCAAGCUGGCGAAUCAGCAGCAGCCCGAGAUGGUUGUCAGUCCGCCCAAGCACAAAGUGGAUGCUGGCAAGAUAAAGAUAAGCGAACUGAAGCAAAAAUACGAACAGCAGCAGCAGCAGCAGCAGCAGCAACAACAGCAGCCAGAGACGCCGCAAUCAUCCGCAGGUGCAGCCACCAAGUCAGCGGGUAAAUUGCCCAUGAAAGUGAAGGAAAUGGCACAGCUCUUCAACUCGAAGAUUAGCCAGGUGAUGCGACGCGGCGAAGAGCCACAAUAUGUCCAGCUGCACAAUGAAUGCUCGCCCGAGGCCAAGCCCCAGCCGCAGUCGAGAUUGGAGCCGCGACAGGGCCCCUGCCUGGUGGCCGAGGAGGUCUUCCGUGAGCUGAGUGUGCGGGAUAAGGCGUUGCUGUUCAACCAAUUCGUUGGGGAUAUGGCAGCAAAGCAUCCCAAAUUCACGGCCCAUGCGGCGGAUCUCAAGGCAAAGGUGAAGAAACAGAUGGCACGCGGCGAGGUGGUGGCCGAACAGCAGGCGAGUGUCAAGCUAUUGGCCAAGGAGCUCGAGGCAAAGUGCAUACUAGAGCCGGGCACACCACCGCGACCAGCAGGAGGACUAUCCAGCACAUCAAGUUCACCCAAUGAGCGUAGUUCAGCUGUUGAAGAGACAGCAGCAGCUGGCACCACCACCACCAGCUGCACCUCACAUUUCCAUGUGAGCACACUGACGGUGAUCCUGAAGCCCAGCCCCGAGCGACGGGCACCACAGCCGCGACCAAGACGUUGCCUGGAGCGUGGCCAGAGCGAGAGUCAGGGGCGUGAGGGCUCACAGAAGCGAAAUCUCGCCUCCAUACGCAGUGUGCUGCCCAUCGAGGCGUUUGCGCCGCCCAAGAAGAUUCGACGAACGCGUCAGGAGCGACAUCAGAUGUUUUUUCAGAACGAGCCGCUGGAGAGUCUCUUCUACAGUUGGCUAAGUGCCGAGAAUGGCGUACAAUUCGACAUUACCUGCGCCUCCAACAGCGAACAGACCAUCGAGAUUGCCCUGGAGGAGGAGAGUUCGGCUGGUCAGGCGCCGCCAGACCUGACGGCCACAUCGAUGGGCGAGGUAAGCCAGCGAUCGGCAGUGGAGCGGCUGCUAGAAGAGGCCAUAGCCAAGCUGGAGCUGGAGAAUAAGGAAAGGAAAGAGUCCAGCCAGUUGGAGGUUAAGGAAGUGGACACAAAAGUGGACACGCCCACAGUGACGCCACGCAAGGUGAAGCGCCAGGCACCGCCGGUGCCGGUGCCAGUGCCAGUGACAGCGCCAGUGACAGCGCCAGUGCCAGCGCCACGUCCCAGUUUGAGUCAAACGCAGUCCACCUGCGCCAUGUCGAGCAGUUCUUCGAGUCGCAAGCAAUCGGAUGCUGAGGAAAGUGAAUCCGGUUUGUCUACUCUACCAAAGAUAACCAGCGAUGAAUCUCAGCCCGAAAUGCAACAGGAAAUGAUGCAAACGAAUGACUUUGACUUUGCCAAGCCGCAGCGUCCGCCACGCAAGAAGAAAAUGCGACGCACACUCACCUGGAAGAAGGAGAACUCCAUUGUGGAGGCCACGGCCAAUGCCAUUACCUCCACGGACUCGGAUUCGGACUACAGAGCGCCAGCAGCACUGGCAGCACACACCAAAAAGAAGACACCCCCGACUAUCCCAAUCCCAAUGCCCGAGCAGAGCUACAUUGAGCUGGACAAGUCGCUGAUGCGGCAGGUGAACUCGCCGCGCAAGAUCAAGUCUGCGUACACGCUGACGGUGAUGUCGUCGCCGUCACCGAAUGCGGACAGCGAUCAGUCGCCGGCACAGACGCCAAGGCAGUCACUGGAUCAGACCAUGAUGAGGGAUAGCUUCAUCGAUCAGGGCUUUGAGACAUGCUCGAACGAUGCCAUGGAUGGUGGCAGUCCCCUCAGACGUUCCUCCGUGGGUACGACGGGUGGCAAGCCGUCGGGCUUUUCGACACCCGUCAAAGGUCGCCAUGCAGUGAGUCCUGCCCAACAGCAGCUGUUCAGCCCGAUCUUGACGCCCGCACAGGACAAUAGACCGCGACGCAGCUCCUUGGCCAUGCAGGUGAUUCGAGAGGAUCAUCCACUGGAUCUAGAUGAUACGCCCAGCUCCCCAAGGACGCCCUGCAGCGAGCGGGAGUUCUUUGCGAAUGCACCGACAGUGGAGAUGAAUUCGUCACAGGACGAGAUGCCGGCACCCAAGCCCAAGUCAAUGUUCUGGUUAUCUGCUGGAGAUUUUACCGUCUCACUGGAGAUCUUUCACAAUACGCCCGAACGUUUGGGUCUGCUGUACGAGAUCUUCACGCAGAAGAGCUGGGAAACGAGGGACAUGGCCUUCGGCAUCGAUGCGCACAAGUUUACGCGAGGCGGCCGCCAGGAGGCCAAGCAAUCGCUGCCGGAGCGUCCGCCCAGCGUGCAGGGAUGCUCCCACUAUUGGUUCGCCAGCGGUGACCUGGCAGUGCCAUUCAGCGGCAAACUAAUGGCCGGCGAGAAGGUGGAGCGGCUGUUUGAGUUCCUGGCUGCAGAGCUGAACGAUCAGGCGGAGCUGCGCUUUGGCGUGGAUCAUCUGGAGUUCAGCUGCGUGCCCGAGUUCUGGCCCACCACCCAAAAGUACUCCAUCGAGAGCAGCUACAGCAUGCUGGUGGGACUGCAGACGGGCGCCAGCAAUGGACUGGAGGGACGCAGCAAGUACGCCUGGCCGAAUAUGGGCAGCAAUGCCAACAACACGAUCAAAACGAGCGACCUGGACCAAACGGAGUUCGAGUCGGAUAGCUUCAGCAACAACAGUGGCAGCGGCAGUGGCAGUAGGCUCUCCUUCUCCCCGGAUAUGUUCUCUAUGGACUACGAGGCGGUGCCACUCGAUGAGCUGUUCGCCAAGGCGGCUCCAGUGGUGCGUUCACCAGCCAUGUCCAUGCCACAAAUGAUGCAGGUACUGAAGCAGCAGCAAACGAAGCUUAAGAAUGUGGAGGAACGGAUUCGCAGCUAUUCAAAGCCAUCGAAUCUGUCGAAUGACUCGCUGGAGCAUUGCCGCAACACGCCCGAAUAUGUGAAGAAGCUGCGCUCCAUUAUCCGAGCCAUUGACAACAUUGGGCGGGACAAUGGCUUCCGCACCUGCUCCAUGGAACAGCUGGAGAGCUUCAUGUAUUUCCUCAGCGAGUACGCGGAUGUUUGUCUGGCCAACUGCAGCGAGCAUAUGGACAAGAUAUUGGACACACUGCUCGAUCGUCGCUCUGUGGAGGUCUGAUCAAAAUAUGACGGGGGAAAAAAACAAAACAAAACAAAACAAAGCCACACCAAACCUCAUUUAAUUGUAAUAUGUAUAUCUUUAGCCAUUAAGCAUUGUCAUGCAACGUAGUUUUGUAAGCAGCAACAUUUAAUGUUACAAAUAUUGUAUUUUAAAUAAUAAAACUUUCAAAGAAAA